UGUUCAUCUAUUACUUAAAUAUUUUUGCACUGAUUGCUUGCUACCUUCAGAAUAAAAGCCAUCACACACAAGGCCGCAAGUGUGUCCAGUACCUUUGCAGGGUGUUAUAGUUUCGUCUUGCACCCAUCCAUUUUCGAGGCUCUGUGUCGUACUAAAAUGAACUGUGCCAACUCACAAAGAAAAAAUAACAAAAAAGGAGCCAUUACAAACAACCUAUUAAAUGUGCCAAAUUUUCUGCCUGUUUCCUGCUAAAAUAUUUGUGUAGCUUCUUAAGCUAAUGUGACGUGCAGGAGCCAUGUUAUCAUACAUCUGGCAACACUGGUCACAUUUUAAUUUAGUGCACAGUUGAGGGCUGCAUUGGGAUUGGGUCCAAAUCUCACUGGAUCAGGCGGUUUGAACUUUGCUGUGCUGGCGGGAAAGGGCAGCUAAAAAAACAACAACAAAAAAAAACUGCAGGAUCAGGAUGUAGCCUAGUGACAGGAUGAUGGAGUCAACAAAUGAUGUAGAAAACAAGCUCAAACAAGGUCUUUACAACAGAAAAAGAAAAAAGGAAAGUCUGACAUUUUGAGAAGUUUCUCAAUUGUGACAAAGAUGAAAAUGAAAUGGACUUUGUUAGUUGUGACAAAUGUGAAAAAAUACUAGUCUACAACAAACACAAAUCCGGCACCUCUCGGUUGAGGCAACACACCUGCUCUGUUCUCCCCGGUCAAAGUAAGCUGCUUUUCAAGGAUAAACAACUUCUCCCUACACACGUUAAAAAAGAAACUACUGAAAAAUGUGUGGAAGUGUGCUGUCCAGACAUACGGCCAUAUGACUUUGUCGCCGGGUAAGGCUUUGUUGACAUAGUGCAACACUUUGUUAUUGUCACCGCUAACGGCAAAUUUGAUGUAAAAGAUGUUUUACCUCAUCCAACCAUUGUAUCCAGACAUGUUGAGGGGCGAGCACGAGCACUGCAGGCGUCAGUGGCAGCGGAGAUAAAGCCCAUCAUCGAAACAUAUGGAUGUGCCAUCACAACAGAUAUAUGAAUGGAGAAUUACCAUAAAACUUCAUUCAUAUCCGGCACCAUCCAUGAUACAAACAACAACUUUGACCUCAUUUCCAGGGUGUUAUUCGCGGCUCCCUUCGAGAGUGGUGUGUCAAAAUCAGGGGAUAAUAUCAAGAGCCUGCCGUUCCAGAAACUUUGUAAAUUUGGAAUAGAUGCGUCACUUCUGUCUGGCCAUGUUGUGUUUGUCACUGACCGUGGAGCCAACAUAGUCGCUGUCCUGCGUGGAUACACCAGGCUGAACUGCAACGUGCACAUCCUGAACGUCACCUUGUCAAGUGCAUUUGCACCAGAUGUGUUGGCUGAAACUACUGAGCUGUUUGAACUGUUGACCAAUGUAAAAAACCUGGUGAAAUUUUUCAAACAUUCAGGUCUGCAAAACAGCUUGAGGAAAUCUCUCAAGCAAUUCAUGAAGACCUGAUGGAAUUCAAAUUGUGAUAUGCAGGAUUCCAUACUGCAGCAGCAUGAAGAGAUCUCCACAGUACUGCUGAGCAAUAACCAGUAUGAAUGAAUUGCGCAGAUCAAUCCAAACACUUUAAAAACAGCAGUUGCGUUCCUUACGUUAUCCAAGGAUGCUACUAAUGACCUAAAGUCCAACAAUUCCACUCCCAGUGCAUCACUUCCACUGCCGUGGUCCGUGACACUCAUUGAACGCUGCCAAGCAGCAUCCCACGAGCCCUCGCUCUCUGAAGUUGCCAACGGUGUGCCUUGCAUCUGGAAGAACUGAUGGGCACCAGUGACACAUCUGCAUUCUCUCUCCACAUGAUGUACAGGAUUGCGACGCUCCUGACUCCUAAAAUGCCACCCCUACAGAUGCUGCCCCCAGAUGCAAGAGAGGACGUGGUUAAAGGUAUGCAGCCUAUUACAGACAUAAAAAUAGAAAAUACACAGUGCAAUUACAAACUAGAAUAAGUGAAAUGCAGUCAAAAAAUAGAGACAGAGAUAAAAAACAAUAAAUAAAAAUCUAUAUAUAUAGCUAAAUGAAUGACAGCAUGAGCCAUUUUAUAAAUACAUAUUUAUAUAUAAAUCAAAUCCUAUCCAAAGGCGCAAAGGAAAUUAUUCAGAAGAUGCUGUUUGACCUGGUCCCAGCCACAGCAGAGGAUGAGCCACCAGCCAAAAAGCAAAGAACAGACCGAUUCGCAGACUGGGAAGAUGACGCAUCCUUUGCUUCAGCGCUAAAGCGGGUUGAUGAUGAAAUGGCUAAAUAUCUUAACUCCCAGCUCUCUGAUAACCCAGACCCAGAAGUGGAAGUUCAACAAGGAGCGCUUCUCAAAGCUGGCGCGUUUCAUCCUCAGUAUCCCUGCAUCCAGUGCACCUUCAGAGCGGCCUUCAGUGUCUGUGGGCACAUCUUGGAAGAGAGAUGCAUGGGUCAGCAACAUUCUCUUCCUCCACAGCAAUAUGAUGGCCAAGUGAUUCAUUUGUUAACUCCAUUGUUCAUUCGUUAACUUUUUUCGUUAUUUAUUAGUGUUAUUUGAGCCACUCACAGCCUACUCUCGUUGCUAUUUGUUAAUUAGGUCCUACGUAAAGAGGCGUGUUGAUAUGUUACUGAGCAUAGGCUGCCUAAAUUUAAAUGUUUUUAUUCUUACUUUUAUUUUUUCAAACAGAAUACCUGCGACAUCUGGCUAAUAAUUUUAAAACUGCCAUUUUUCAUGUUAUUUAUUAAAUUGUGUUUUGAUGCAAAGCAGUCUAGUUUUAUGUGCCGUGUGAUGGUGCAAAGUUUUAGAUAAAACAAAGUGAUAUUUCAAUUUAUUGUGUAGUGUUGUCUAUCUGCUGAUUGUGUUCUCAUUAAUGUUUCCUAUUCAGGUCUCUCUUAGAAAAGAGACCUUAACCUCAAUCACUGCAUGAUCACAUAAAGGUAGAAAAAUAAAUAAAAUACAGAGGAGUAUUGAAUAUGAAACAGCCUUUAUUUCAUCAAAAACUAAAUGAAAACAACAAUAUAGGAACUCUAUUCUAGACCAGUGCAUCAAAAGACAAGGAAAUGAAAAAAACAACCCCAUGAAUCUUUAUUAAUAGCCUAUAGAAUGACGUGUUUUCUCCUGCAGGACGGGAGAAGACACAAAAUCAGUGCAUCUCUGUUAUUGUGCGGGCAUGAAAUCUCAGGGUUUUGCAGGUGCGGACGGGAGUGUCACAAACACGUUGUGGUUGUGGGUGGUAAGGGUCGGAAAUUCAGCAGGAGCGGGAUGAAGAAAACAGUCCUAUGUAGGGCUCUAGUGCACAGAGCUCACUGUCUGCCAGCAGGCUUUACUGUAUGGCUGCUCUUUACAAUAAAAAAGUGUGCAUAUAUACAGUACUGGGAUGGGUAUUGGCUUUAAAGGGGCUGAAAAUAUCAGCAUCCCUAUAAAAUAUAAUAACUCUUCAGUUCUAGCUGUUUAACAGGAUGUAAAGCACUGACAUGAGGACGGGACCUCUGUCAUCCGCAGUAUCUUGCUGGUUAAACAUAAACCUAAAGUAAUAACCUGCAAAGGCACCAGUGUUCUUUCUUGUGGUUUACACAGAGAAGUUCUUUAACGUUUAAUUUUUGAGCAGUCUUUCUCACAAAAGGUUCUAGAGAAAUAUUAAGAAUAGCUUCCUUUUUAACACCUACAUAUCCUGUAAUAUUCCUCAGUAUUCCUCUCCCCACUUGUUAACCUUGUCCUGGUAAUUCACUUUUUUCUUUUUUGAGGUAAAAGUCCAAAAUAAAGUCAUCCAAGCUCCAGGAAGUGAGGGAAGUUAAAGACAAAGGAAUCCGGUUCUGGCAUACUGCACGCAUAAACCUCUUUGCACCAGACAAAACUAUGGCAGGCCUUUUAAGUAAAUUCAAAAUGGACAAAGAUUUGGACCACAGUGACAGUGAAGAAGACGGAAAGAUGAAGAGCACUCAAAGCAUCAGUCCACCUUUAACAUUGAAGGGAUGUCUAUGUCCAUCAGAGAAAUGGCCUGAUCCAGGUCUGAUGGAAAUGAUUUGCAUACCAAAAAGACAGGGAGCAGGUGGUUUCAGAGCAGCAGCCAUGGAAAACAAUCCAACCCUUGAGAGUGUGAAAAAGAACCUAAAAGCACAUCUGAGGGAAAAAUUUACCUGCAUUUAUGAGGGCACCUCAGCCACUCAGUCACGCCUGGAAAAUAUCUACACUAGACUCUUCAUCACACAACAAAAUGAGGAUUAUGGCUGCCGAUCACAUGAGAUUCUGGAUCAGUUCAAAGUCCCAAAUAAGGGAGCACAGCCUUUCCUGUAUGAGGAGAUCGACAGCCUGAAUAUCUUCAAACAAGGAAGAAACUUCUUCCAACAACAACCUGCACCUCAUAAAUCCAUCCAGAGGGUGAUGACUAAAGGCAUAGCCGGCAUUGGGAAGACUGUUGCGGUCCAAAACUUCUCCCUACAUUGGGCACAGGGGAAAUCCAACCAGCACAUUGACUUCAUCUUCGUGCUUCCCUUUAGAGAGCUGAACAUGCUCAAAGAGGGUGAAUACACACUGCUGGAACUUCUUCUUCACUUCUACCCUGAGCUGAGGCCACUUAAAGAUGCACAGAAACUCCCUCAAAAGCAAGUGCUGUUCAUUUUGGAUGGCUUAGAUGAAAGCAGAUUUUCCCUGGACUUUGAAGGAGCCAUGACAAUAACUAACCCUGACCAGCAUGCAACGGUGAAUGUGCUGCUGACAAAUCUCUUAAAAGGAAACCUCCUGCCCGAUGCUCUGCUCUGGAUUACUUCUCGUCCUGCAGCUGCUGGUCAGAUUCCCUCUAAGUACAUUGAUCAAAUGACAGAAGUCCAAGGGUUUACUGAGCAACACAAGGAGGAAUACUUCAAGAAGAGAUUCAACUCUGCUGGUCAAGCCAAGGAAGUCCUAGACCAUCUCCGAGGGAUGAUCAGCUUCUACUUCAUGGGUCACAUCCCAAUCUUCUGUUGGAUUAUAGCUGAAGUCUUCAAGACAGGAUGGAGUGAUCAGAGGAGUCGAAGGAUCACAACAAUGACAGAGUUGUACAUUUAUUAUUUGAUCAUUCAAACCCAAAGAACAGCACAGAAGUAUGGACAGAAGGCUCGAAAGAAGAAGUCGACAAAGGAUGCAGCCAUGAUUUUAAAUCUGUCCAAGCUGGCGUUUGAGCAGCUGCAGAAAGGAAACAUCAUAUUCUAUGAAGAGGACCUCCAAGAGUGUGGCAUUGACCUUGACAAAGCCUCUGAGUUUUGUGGAUUUUGCUCAGAAAUCCUGAAGCAAGAACGCGGCCUGUACGAGACAAAGAUGUUCAGCUUUGUGCAUUUAAGCUUCCAGGAGUUUCUCGCUGCACUUUUCGUGUUCCACUGCUGUGUGACGAAGGACGUCAGCCCCCUGAAGUCUUUCCUACAGGUAGAUCCUACAGAGCUGGGAUUGCUUGAGUUGCAGAAGAGAGUUGUGGACCAAGCCUUGAAGAGUGAGAAGGGUCAGUUGGACCUGUUCCUGUGCUUCUUCCUAGGAUUCUCAUUGGAGUCCAAUCAGAAGAUGCUGCAAGAUUUACUACCACAGACAAAGAGCAGCUCAGAGACUGUUGAAGAGGUGAAGAAGUACCUGCGAAAUUUUCAUGCAGGAAACCUCCCACAAGAAAGGUGCAUGAACCUGCUCCUCUGCAAGUUUGAGCUCAAAGAGGAGAGAUUUCAGGAUGACAUCAGGAGGUUUCUGGAUGCAGGAGCAAGACUCUCACCCAUUGACUGUGCUGUGCUCUCCACCAUGCUGCAGAUAUCUGGGGAGCUGGUUGAGGAAAUUAAUCUAGAAAAGUGCUUUACACCAAUCUAUGGAAUUGAGAAACUCGUCAGGGCAAUGGCAAGGUGUAAGAGAGCUGUACUCAAGAGCGAUCAGCUAAAAGAGGAGUGCCUUGAGAUUCUAUUUUCAAUCCUACUGUCAUCAGACUCAUACUUACGAGAACUUCACCUGGUGUGUGUUUAUAACGUCGACACUCCUCCUCAUCACGAUCUCUUGGGUGUUCUGGAUGGACCUGACUGUAAACUGGAGACACUGAGAUUGUCUGGGUUCACUCUAGAUUUUAGACACUGUCACAGUCUGGCCUCGACCCUUCAAUCAAAGCAAACAUCACUGAGAACCCUGGACCUGAUUGACUGCAUAUACAGUUAUCCACACGAUUAUAGUGGAUAUUACUCCAAAGAAGUGGAAGAAAAGAAGGAAUAUGAAGACUUAAUUGAUGAGUUAACCCUGCUGACUUUCAUUCCCGCUGGCCUGAUCGGUCCUGUCUGUAAACUGAGGGAGUUCAGCAUGCCUGGUUGUCACCUGAAAAAUAAAUGCUGCCAAGUGUUUGCCUCAGUUCUCAGCUCAAACUCCCAGUUGCGAGAACUCGACCUCAGCAGGAACGACCUGCAGGAUUUAGGAGUGCAGCUGCUCUCUACAGGGCUGGGGAGUUUGAAAUGUAGGCUGGAGAUACUGAGGCUGUUACAUUGUGGGAUCACAGAGGAAGGCUGUGCCUCUCUGGCCUUGGCUCUGAAGUCCAACCCCUCCCACCUGAGAGAGCUGGACCUCAGCUACAACCACCCAGGAGAGGCAGGUGUGAGGCUGCUCUCUGAGAGACUGGAGGACCCAGAAUGUCGACUGGAAAAACUCAAUGUCGACCAUGAUGAAGAGCUCUGGGUCAACCUGCAGCUUCUGAACAAGUAUGCCUGUAAUCUAACUCUUGACUCCAACACGGUGCAUGAAAACCUCCUCCUGUCUGACUGCAAGAAGAAAGUGGACUUUACUGAAGAGAAGCAGCCGCAUCCUGAUCACCCGGACAGGUUUGACAUAAUAACCCAGGUGCUGUGUGAGGAGGGUCUGACUGGACGCUGCUACUGGGAGGUGGAGUGGGAGGGAUUCCUUCAUGUUGGUGUGGCAUAUAAGAGCAUAGAGAGAAAAGGACACAUGAAUCCUGAUAUUUUAUCAAGUGGAAAGGCCUGGUCAUGUGCUUUGAUGAGUUCGGAUGGUUAUUCUUUCUUUCAUGGACAAAGACAGUGGUUUAUUCCUGUCCCAUUCAUUGAUGUAAAAGCUUUCCUGGCCAGACGAAGGAGAUUUGGACUUUUCCUGGACUGGCCUGCUGGGACUCUGUCUUUUUAUUCACUGUCUGGAGACAAGAAGACUCAUCUUCAUACAUUCAACGCUACUUUCACAGAGCCUCUCUAUCCAGCGUUCACUGUUGUUGUUGGCUCGUUGACCAUUUCCAGCACAGGGAUGCCAGCGAUGGAUAAUGCCAAGUCAAGCUUCACACCUGAGGUGGUAACAGAGAGACUCAGCAUUUCCUACAGAUUCAAGUUCCCCUGUUCAGGUGUGUUUGAGUGUUCUCUGACGGGGCUCAUGUUCAAUGUGACCCAUGAGGGGGAAGUCACAUACAAGACCCUGAUCUGGGACAAUAAGCUCCUUGAGCCAGCUGGAAAGGUGCCUGGAGGACCCCUGUUCAGCAUCAAGUCUCCUCAAGACCUGAUCUGUCAGCUGCAUCUUCCUCACUGUGAGCCUGAACCUGGUCUGGUCUCAGAGAGUAUUUCUGUCGUCCACAUCACUGAUGAGGGCAUGAGCAUCAUUCAGCCGCUGGAGAUUACUGAAACUCACGUGGUGGUGAAAACCCCUCACCUCUCUGCCUUUGGCAUCAUACUGGAUGUCAUCAAGAGGUUUAAGGAUUUCAUGACCACACCAGUGCGCGGCCAAAUCCUGCUGUUCUCUCGACCAGCGUACAAAAAAAUGCACGUCAUCCUGAGCGUGAUUCUGCUGCCAAGCAACGUCCCACUGCAGGAGGUAAAAGCACAGUAUGAAAAAUCCAUGUACAUCCAGGCCCCAUCCUACUGUUGCCUCCAUGUCAACCAACUCUACAGCCUGCACAGUAACCCUGAGGGCUUCACCAUUCAACCUCCUUGUGCGCAGUUUUUUGAAAACUAUGGACCUAACUUCCACGCAUCGUUUGAGAUCACCCUGACGACGAGCACUGAAGAAGUGACCCUGAUGGUGCAAGAUCCAGACAAGACCCCAGUGUGGGAGCAUGGCCUCAAUCUGCCUGCUUCAUCAACAGAUACUUCUCCAGAUGAGAAUCAGCCGAUGAUGAGGAGCAGUGCGUCUGCAGUGGAGAAGCUACACCGCGCUCGGCCUCGCUUCAUCGACAGAGCGUCUGAUCCGCUUCUCAACAAGCUGCUGGAUGAACUUCUACAGUGUGAAGUUUUGAACGAUGCUGAGGGCGAGGCGGCCAGAAUCAAACCACGAGCGGAAAAAGCUCGAGACGUGAUCGACAUGGUGCGAAAGAAAGGAGCCAAGGCGAGCGCAAAGCUGAUCGCCAUCUUUUCUAACAACGACCCUUUUCUCAGCAAAGAACUGAAGUUAACCUGAAGAUGUAACCUGAAGGAGUGAUCAUUGUUUAAAACCAAAAACUGGGGAAGGAUCAGAAGUUUGACAUGUAAAUUUGAUAAGCUGAUUGUGAUUUUGUCAUAAAAGGGACAGCCAAUGGUAAGUGCUGUUUGAAGCACAA